GAGGGCAAGAUUUUCAUUGCCGACUAUCGCAUCCUGGAGGAUGUCCCAGCGGGGCUGAAUAACGGACGCCAGCAGCACGUGGCUGCCCCGCUGUGCCUGCUCCACCUCUCGGCCCAAGACCAGCUCCUGCCUCUGGCCAUCCAGCUGACCCAGAGCCCCGGUCCUGAGUCUCCCAUCUUCCUGCCCAGCGACUCUGAAUGGGACUGGAUCUUGGCCAAGACAUGGGUCCGUAACGCCGACUUCCACGUCCACCAGGCUCUCACCCACCUGCUCCGGACGCACCUGCUGGGAGAGGUGUUCACCAUGGCCACGAUCCGCCAGCUCCCCCUUUGCCACCCAAUCUAUAAGCUCCUGGUUCCCUACACGCGCUACACUCUUCACAUCAACACGUUGGCACGUGGAAGUCUAGUUCCGAAAGGUGGGAUCUUUGAUCAGGCCACUGGUAUCGCCUACGAGGGCUUAGUCAAGCUGUUGCAGAAGGGCACAAAAGCCCUGACGUAUUCCUCCCUCUGCCUGCCGGAAGACCUCGAGGCCCGGGGGGUGUCCUCGUUGCCCAAUUUUCACUACAAGGAUGAUGGUCUGAAGAUCUGGGCAGCCACAGAAAGUUUUGUCUCUGGCAUCGUUGACUUGUAUUAUCGAGACGAUCACUCUGUAAGUGAAGAUCCGGAACUCCAGGCCUGGAUCGAGGAGAUCUUCAACAGAGCCUUCCUGGGAGAGAAAUCUUCAGGCAUCCCUUCCUCGUUCAGCACCGUGAAAGAGCUGAAGAAGUUCUUGACUAUGGUGAUUUUUACUUGUUCCGCCCAGCACGCUGCUGUCAACAGCGGACAGUUUGAUAUUGGCGCCUGGAUGCCCAACUUUCCGUCUUCCAUGAGAAAACCCCCUCCUACCACCAAGGGCCAGGCGAACGAAGACAACUACAGGGAGACGAUCCCAGAAAUCAACACCACAUGCAUCAUCUUGAGCACCCUCUGGCUGCUCAGCGCCUUUCCGGGAGACAUGAUCCCCCUGGGGCGUUACCCUGACAAGUAUUUCACAGAGGAAGCCCCCAAGAAAUUGAUUUUGGCCUUCCAGAAACGCCUGAUGGAGAUUUCCAAAGAAAUUGGGAAGAGGAACGAAGUUCUGGUUCAGAAGCAUAACCCCGUCCCUCUCCGCUACGAAUAUCUGUACCCCCCUAUGGUGGAGAACAGUAUCUCCAUAUAAACUACAGCAGAAAUACAGAGUGUGGAAAUAAUGUAUUCACCUUAAAAUAAUUAAUUUUGUGUCCGCCGAAGGGAAA